UCAAAGCUCUUUCAGGAUUACUGGGGAAGCGCUCUUAAAAGCAAUCCAGUGGUUUUUCCCCAGACUUCUCGGCAAAGGAAACUUCCUUCCUCCCCAAUCUGGACUUUUUCCUUGUUUGUUUCGAAGUGUCUGGGGCCUUGUGUGCACGAGCGUGUUGUUUUAGGUGAGAAUACUUGUCAAACUCUUCUUUUGCGUGGCGCUUUGCUCCCGAAUCAGACGCCGGCAGCCAAACUUGUCCCCUCCUGUAGAGUAGGAAGCAGCCGGGCGCCGGGGCUGUUGGGGGUGCCAGGAAGAACCGAGGUUGGGAUCCACUCCUCUGGCCAUGCUUGCUGCUACCUGUAAUAAGAUCGGCAGCCCCAGCCCGUCUCCCUCCUCCCUCUCGGACAGCUCUUCUUCCUUCGGCAAAGGCUUCCACCCCUGGAAACGCUCCUCGUCCUCCUCCUCCGGCAGCUGCAACGUAGUGGGCUCCAGUCUCUCAAGCUUCGGCGUGUCCGGGGCCUCCAGGAACGGCGGCUCGUCCUCUGCGGCGGCUGCGGCCGCGGCGGCAGCGGCGGCGGCCGCGGCCCUGGUGUCCGACUCGUUCAGCUGCGGCGGCUCGCCCGGCUCCAGCGCCUUCUCCCUCACCUCCAGUAGCGCGGCGGCCGCCGCCGCGGCUGCCGCGGCCGCCGCCUCCAGCUCGCCCUUCGCCAACGACUACUCCGUGUUCCAGGCCCCCGGCGUGUCCGGGGGCAGCGGCGGCGGCGGCGGGGGCGGCGGCGGCGGCUCCUCCGCGCACUCGCAGGACGGCUCCCACCAGCCAGUGUUCAUCUCCAAGGUGCACACCUCGGUGGACGGGCUGCAGGGCAUCUACCCACGCGUGGGCAUGGCGCACCCGUACGAAUCGUGGUUCAAGCCCUCGCACCCGGGCCUGGGUGCCGCGGGCGAAGUGGGCUCGGCCGGCGCCUCCAGCUGGUGGGACGUGGGCGCCGGCUGGAUCGACGUGCAGAACCCGAACGGCGCGGCAGCGCUGCCCGGCUCGCUGCACCCCGCCGCCGGGGGGCUCCAAACCUCGCUGCACUCGCCGCUCGGAGGCUACAACUCGGAUUACUCAGGCCUGAGUCACUCGGCCUUCAGCAGCGGCGCCUCCUCGCACCUGCUCAGCCCUGCGGGGCAGCACCUCAUGGACGGCUUCAAGCCCGUGCUGCCGGGCUCCUACCCGGACUCGGCCCCGUCCCCGCUGGCCGGCGCGGGGGGCUCCAUGCUGAGCGCUGGGCCGUCGGCGCCGCUGGGGGGCUCCCCGCGCUCCUCCGCUCGCCGCUACUCCGGCCGCGCCACCUGCGACUGCCCCAACUGCCAGGAGGCAGAGCGGUUGGGCCCGGCUGGGGCGAGCCUGCGGCGCAAGGGCUUGCACAGCUGCCACAUCCCCGGCUGCGGCAAGGUGUACGGCAAGACGUCGCACCUCAAAGCGCACCUGCGCUGGCACACGGGCGAGCGGCCCUUCGUGUGCAACUGGCUCUUCUGCGGCAAGCGCUUCACGCGCUCUGACGAGCUGCAGCGGCACCUGCGGACCCACACCGGCGAGAAGCGCUUCGCCUGCCCCGUCUGCAACAAGCGCUUCAUGCGCAGCGACCACCUCAGCAAGCACGUGAAGACGCACAGCGGCGGCGGCGGCGGCGGCUCGGCGGGCUCCGGCAGCGGCGGCAAGAAGGGCAGCGACACCGACAGCGAGCACAGCGCCGCUGGCAGCCCGCCCUGCCACUCCCCGGAGCUGCUGCAGCCCCCGGAGCCCGGGCACCGCAACGGCCUGGAGUGACGCGCACCCGUGCCCGCCCCUGUCCCCGACCCGCUCCCACCCCGGUCCGCUUGGGCACAGUCUGUCCUGGCCUCAACUCCAGCUUCUCUCUAUUGCAUCCUACUCGCUCACUCUCUCUUUUUCUGUCCCUGCCUCCCCUCUCCUCCCCCCGCGUGACUUAACUUUGUAAAUGGGGAUAUGGACAUGUAAGUAACACGCAUCGCUGUCCCGGGGCCAGGCUUCCCCUCUCCACUGGUAACACUAUCCGAGCCGGGUGCGGCUCGAAACCGUGGCUCUAGGCCUUUGCUUCUCGUCUAACCCUCCCUCCGCCACCCCCAGGUUGUGACGGGUGUAACUUUUAGAGCGAAGCGGCCGCUGGAGCUAGAGCUGGGCAAAUCCAGUGCCUGGGAGACCGCAGGCCUCUGCCUGGGCGGGAACGACUCGGCUGAGCAAGUUUGGGCCAGAGUAGUGGGGAGGGCGAGGCAGGAGGCCCGGGCAGGGCAGCCCCGCCGGAGCAGCUGCCGACUUGAUCCCACAACCGCUGUCCUAGGCGCCCCGGCUUCGGAGCGCCCUCCCGGGGCGCAGGGCACCAGCGGACGCCCCGCGCAGGCGGUCGGAGCUCGGUGGGGUGCCCAUCUGGUAGCACCGAGACCCAGAGUUUGCAGAGUUUAGCUCUCCCAACUGUCAGCUCUGCCUCUUUUUCUUUGUUCCUUGAGGUGGAACCGAUGCAAGUUUCAGCAAAGGGCGGUCUUGGUGAAUCGCUGCAGCAGCCUUCUUUCAUCUUUAUAACUUUUUUUUUAGAACUAAAAAACUAAGGGUAAAAAAUAGCAACCUUCUACUUGGUUUCCCUUCUGGAUAGUUUUUCCUUUAGCGGGAGAAACUCUUUCUCUGGAAACUGUUCUAAUAUUGAUCCCAAAGUUAUUUUGAUUGUAUUAACUUAACUUAUGGGGUGGGGGUGGGGGUGAGGGUAGGUGUCUUUUUCUUAUGCAAAAAUACCCCUUUCCGGUGAGACCAGAUUAACUAUCUCCAUGUUUGUCCUUUUCUACCUCGUUUUUCACCACUCCCAAGCAUAAUCUCCCAAUCUUUUUUUGUUAGUCCAACCGUCAAUUUGUAUAAUACCCAUUUCUGUAGAUUCUUGCAAUUCACUGAAGAUUUUAGGGUAAACCUUUUUUUUUGUGUUUUAAACUUAUAAACAAGUGAAGAAGCUAUCGUUUAUUCAGACGAGGCUGUAGUUUAAAUGCCAAAAGAGGGAAAAUAGGAAGAAAAAAAACCUUUGUAAAAUAUAUCUGAACCUAAUGGUUUAUACAACUGGAGAAUCGUUCUAGAUUAGUUAACAAUUAAAUAUAACUCCACCAGUGUAAGGGUGUGAGGUGCAGUUGUCCAGGAGACGAUUUUGUAUAGUAUUUUUCUUGUACAUUACUUCCAGUAAAUAUUUGAAAAUAUAUUGAAGUAAACUUGAUUUUUUUGUUUGGUCACAAGAAAAUAUUAAGAGUUAUUGUUGCAGUUCUGAGGAGCUGCAGGUUUUUUGAACUCACUUCUGGAGGUGCAGAGCCACAAACGCACUUUCGGGGCCUAGUUUUGCUCGAAUAUGAAUUUAGAUAGGUAUCAAACUGUAACUAAGACAAUAUUUGAUAAAUGUUGGAUGACAUUUAAUUUAAUGGAGCAUGUACUUAUUUGCAUUUGCUGGCAGUUCAGGCAUAGUUAAAGUGAGAGUUCUCCUAUAUUUCAUAAUAACUGGGUCUGCCAAAACCCAUGUAUUAAGUAAAUUGUCCAAGUGAAACUCGACUAACUUUGGCCUUUGUGUAUUUCCUGAAGGUAAUAUUGUUAACUGUUAAUAAACAUUCCUGAUACUACAUUUAAGUGUUUGCAGAUUCUGCAAACUGAUUGCUCAUUGUAAUGUUGAAAUAAUUUGGAUAUUUCACAUUGAAAUGAAAAGCCUUUCUCUGGAACAUUUUAGACUUGCAUUUUAAAUGCAUGAAAUGUAAUUGAUUUAUUUGUAAUAUUUUAAAUGGUAUUAAUAAACUCAGCUAAAAGACUAGGCCAG